UUUUGGCAACACUGCAAAUUUCAUUUUUCUGUGUUGUCCUAAUCUAAACAAAAUAAUUUAUUGAUAAAGUGAAAUCGAGAAAUCCCUCGUUUAAUGCUUAACUAAAGUGCCAAAAUAUUAAUAAGUAGGGUGUGUGUAAUUACAAACGCAUGUAGAUUCUGUGUCGUAUUUGUGUAACAACAAAAGGAGAGCUCGCGAAUAACAGCACGUCAACUUUCGCAGGUCAAGCUGACGGGACCGAAUUGCAACAAUGAUGGAUUCGGACGGGUCCGGUGCGGACUUCUGCCGAUUCUGUAGAUCGGAAGCGUCGUCCGACCGGCCCUUAUUCCACCCGUGUAUAUGCACGGGCUCUAUAAAGUGGAUCCAUCAAGAGUGCCUGGUGCAAUGGAUGCGAUAUUCGCGCAAGGAAAUUUGCGAGUUGUGCGGCCACCGAUUCUCGUUCAUGCCGAUUUAUUCCCCUGAUAUGCCGCGACGGCUUCCGAUAACCGAUGUGGUGGGUGGGCUGGUCACAUCUGUCGCAUCAGCUGUUAAGGACUGGCUUCAUUACACUUUAGUUGCCCUCGCUUGGCUGGGAAUAGUGCCUCUUACCGCCUGUCGGACGUAUCGCUGUUUGUUCUCUGCAUCAUUGGACCCUGUGAUAUCUCUUCCAUUCGACAUAGUAUCAGCUGAGAAUCUUGCUAAGGACGUAUUUUCUGGUUGCUUUGUAGUAACAUGUACUUUAUUUUCGUUUAUUGGAUUAGUAUGGUUACGAGAGCAGAUUAUGCAUGGCGGGGGUCCCGACUGGAUGGAACGGGAGAACCUGCCUGCACCACCUGCUGAAGACCUACCUUUGCAAGAUAAUAACAAUGAUCAUGUAAAUGAAGGUGCAGGAGAUGAUGGGGGAGCUAGGGAAGAGCCUAAUGCUGAAGGGGGUGAUGAUGCUCUAGUUGGAGAUGAGGCAAAUUGGAAUCCGAUGGAAUGGGACAGAGCUGCAGCAGAAGAACUUACCUGGGCACGAUUAUUAGGCUUGGAUGGCUCAAUGGUGUUUUUAGAGCAUGUUUUCUGGGUGGUAUCUCUAAACACAUUGUUCAUUGUUGUGUUUGCCUUCUGCCCAUAUCAUAUAGGUAAAAUAGGAGCAUCUAUAGCUGGUUUGGCAGCUGAAGGGCCCUUUGCAGGUCUUCUUACUGCAUUGGCAGGAUAUGUGAUUGUCGGAGCUAUACUUGCAGUUCUACAUGGAAUGGCAUCUUUACUGAGACUGAGGAGUGCAAAGAAAGCAUUGGGUUUCUGUUAUGUGGUUGUCAAAGUUGCUUUGCUGUCUGUAGUUGAGAUUGGUGUGAUACCCCUUGUAUGUGGUUGGUGGCUGGAUCUAUGCUCUCUCUCGAUGUUCGACGCUACGCUGAAGGACAGAGAGUCGAGUCUCCAAGCUGCCCCCUGGACCCUCAUGUUUAUACACUGGCUUGUUGGAAUGGUCUACGUGUACUACUUCGCCUCAUUCAUUUUGCUACUAAGAGAGGUGCUCAGACCAGGUGUUCUGUGGUUCUUGAAGAAUUUGAAUGACCCAGACUUUAGUCCUGUACAGGAAAUGAUACAUCUGCCAGUAUGGUCUCACAUACGGCGUCUCGUCGUAUCCGCAAUGGUGUUUGGCACUGCUGUACUCUUCAUGCUGUGGCUUCCUAUCAGGGUCAUUAAAUACGUGCUACCUGGCUUCCUUCCCUACGCUGUGGCGGUACACACCGAGGCGCCGGUGAAUGAACUCAGUUUAGAACUGUUGCUGCUUCAAGUAAUCCUUCCGGCGCUUCUAGAACAAUCUCACACGCGCACAUGGUUGAAGGCUGGUCUACGGGCGUGGUGCGCAUGCGCGGCCGGAGCCCUAGGCCUUCGCUCGUAUCUAUUGGGAGAGGCCUCCAGGGACAAUGAACCUCACCCGCAGCCGCAUCCACCACACCAGCUGGGAGCCGCGCAUAGGGCUUUAAUGUGGCGAGACGGCCCAGCUGGUAUUGAGCCGUACGUUCGCGUAUCGUGGUUCCCUCUACGGUUGGGAGCUCUACUAGCGUUGGUGUCUGUUUCACUAGUCAUGGCUAGUGCGCUAACUCUUGUCAUACCUGUGGCUAUAGGAAGAAAAGUCAUGGCUUUAUGGUUGCCAAAGGCGUCGAACGGUGUCCAUGAAUUAUAUACAGCAGCUUGUGGAAUGUAUGUAUGCUGGGCGGCGGGCAGAGGCGGAGCCCUAGCGGCCGGUUGGGCGCAAGGUGGUAGGGCUGCGCUGUUGGCCCGGGCUUCGCUUUGGACCAAACGCGCCGCCAGGGCUGCAUUGGCGGCUUUAGCACUGCUGGGACUGGUGCCGCUAAUGUUCGGGCUACUGUUGGAACUGGUCUUAGUAAUACCUCUGCGGGUGCCAUUAGAACAGUCCCCUGUGUUGUUCGUAUGGCAAGAUUGGGCACUUGGAGUUCUGUACACGAAGAUAGUCUGCGCGCUCACAAUGAUGGGCCCGGAUUGGAGUAUGCGCCGGGCCAUUGAGAAGGCGUAUAGAGACGGCAUUCGGGAGAUGGAUCUCAAAUUUAUACUGCGCGAGGUAGCUGCCCCGUUGGUCCGAUGGUUGGGCUUGGCGCUGGCGGUACCUUACGCUCUUGCGCACAGCGUUGCGCCGCUCGUGGUAACUGCGCCCGCGCAGCGCAACUUGUUAGCGCGGCGGGUUUAUCCCGCUCUCUUGUUGCUGACGAUGCUCGCCGGCCUAGCGCUCUUCCAAAUACGUCAGUUCCGUAAACUCUACGAGCAUAUAAAGAACGACAAAUACCUUGUCGGGCAAAGACUCGUGAACUACGACCAUCGGCGGCACAAACAACAUCAGACCACCGUGAUCGUAAAUAAUUAAGGAGAGAACGAGAUGGUAGACAAUCGUGACCGAGAGUGUGACAGAGACAGGCUUAUUCUCCUUUUAUGCACUUGUGAUGGCGAAUAGAAUUUAAGGUAACUUUUAUAGGUCCGCUGCACAUUUACUAUCGGAUCCGAUUUCGGCCCCAUUUCGACACGCGGGAUUUUUUACUUUUCUUAGUAAUUAUUCAGAAAAGCUUAGCCUAUAUAUAUUGCGAUGUCGAGCACAUUCGUAUGCAAUAUUCAAUCGAAAGCAGUAACUUUGUGAUUCUUUAUUUUUUUACUCUUUAUAAUGCUUUACCAAUACGAUGUAUGUUGAAAUAAAUAGAAUUUAACUCACAAAAUUAAUUACAAAAGAUGUGUUAUUAUUCAACUUCGUUUUUAUAUACUUUGCUCAUUAAAAUUAACAUGUUUGCUUUGCAUGAUACAUGUUCAUCGAAAGCUGCAACUAGACGGGUGUGAUAAUUAAUUUCACUAUGUUAAUUUACCUCCGAAACAAUACUAGAUAUAUAAAUAAAAUUAUAAUAGUUAGACAGAUGAAAUAGUUUUGGUAUAUAACGUUACAUAUGUAUGUUAUAGUUGUAAUUCAGAAACGCUGUAUUUAAAAGUAAGACUAUUUGUUUUCCAUUCUAUUUUAUGUCCUUCUCUAUUUUUAUCCUAUUUGCGCUGUGGUAUUGUUAACUUUUCCUUUUUUUGUUGACGUUGACGUUGACGUCGAUGUCUAUUCUUGACAUAUUUGCACUAGAGGUGCCUUAUUCUUCUACUAUAAAUCCAU